AUGAAGAAAUCCUUUAGAGAAGAAGCAAUGCCUUUAAUUUUUUACUCUUAGGAAACAUAAAGUAAAUUUUACUAUACUACAAAAAGCUUACCAAGUAAAUCCUGAAGCAAUAGAGAUUAUUAAAAAUAUUCCAGCUCCAAUAGGAAUUGUAGGUGUAGCUGGUAUGUAUAGAACAGGGAAAUCUUAUCUGUUGAAUAGAAUGUUGCUAAAUAGAUCUGAUGGUUUUGGAGUAGGUCCAACUGUAUUGCCAUGUACAAAAGGACUAUGGAUGUGGGGUAAACCACUUCUUGGAUAAACAAGUGAUGGAGAAAGCUGUUCAAUAUUGGUUGUUGAUAGUGAAGGACUUGGUGCUCCUGAUGAAGAUUCAACUCACGAUAUCAGAAUAUUUUCAUUAACUAUUCUUUUAACUUCUUGCUUUAUUUAUAAUUCUGUUGGCAGUAUUGAUGAAAAUGCCCUCCAAAACUUGAGUUUAGUAGUUAAUCUUACAAAAAAUAUUCAACUCAAAAGGUAAUAUGAUAUUUAUAAGAUUUUAGUGGUUAAUCAACUACAGAUCUAGAAGAUCUAUCCUAAUACUUUCCUUAAUUUUAUUGGGUUGUUAGAGAUUUCACUCUUUAAUUAGUUGAUCGAAAUAAUGAACAAAUAACUUCUAAAGAUUAUUUAGAAAAUGCAUUAACAUUAUAAAAAGGUACUUCAGAUGGAAUUGAUUAAAAAAAUAAAAUUAGAAAAUUACUUUGUACUUUUUUCAAAGAUAGAGAUUGUAUAACUCUUGUAAGACCUUUAACAAAAGAAAGUAGUCUCUAAAAUUUAGAGAAUUUAGAAUUUGAUAAAUUGAGACCUGAAUUCUUUGAAUAGGUUAUUAAUUUAAGAAAAAAGAUAUUAAAUAGAAUAAGACCAAAAACAAUGAAUGGCAAAACUCUUUCUGGUUAAAUGUAUUGUGAUCUUGUUAAAUCAUUUGUUACAGCUAUUAAUAAUGGAGCUGUUCCAGCUAUAGAAUCAGCAUGGACUUAUAUUUGUAAAAAUGAAUGUCAAAAAGCAGUAGCUGAAGCAUUUGAUACUUAUGAAUAAAUCUUAAAAGAAAAUCUUCAUAAUAGAUUUCCUAUUUCUAAUGAAGACUUAAAAACUUUUAAUAGAAGUCUAAAAGAAUAAGCUUUUGCAUUAUUCAAGAAAAAAUGUGUAGGAGAUUAUGAUGAAUUUAAAAAUGAAUUAUCAAAACGUAUUAAAAAUAGAUUUGCUGCAGUUAAAUAAGAAAAUGAUAGGGAAGGUUCAAGAAUGUGUUCAUAAUUUAUUUAACAAGAAUUCUAACCAAUAGAUAGAAAACUGAAAUUAGGUGAGUAUCGAUCAUUUGGUGAAUAUGAAAAAGAUAUCAAGAUGUUUUAUAAUUUCUUUAUUGAAAAUGGUCCAAGAGUUGGAACUAGAAAUUAAAUUAUAUUAGAAUUCUUAUAGAGAGCUUUAAUUGAAGGAUCCAAUUUGUUUAUUAGAUAAUAUUCUUAAGAAACUGAAAUGAUGAAGAAUGUAGCUUAAGAAACUUAAAAGAAAUUAGAAUAAGAAUUAAAAGAAGCAAGAUAAGAUGGUUUAAAAGAUAAAAAUAAUCUUUUAAUGAAAUUAGCUUAAAUUGAAAGUGAGAAGACUGAAAUUGAAUUAAGAGAAUAAGUUGCUAGAGAUAAUUUGGAAGAACUUAAAAUAUAAAAGGAUUAAGUAGAAAGAGAUUUAAAACUAGAGUCUGAGAAUGAGAAAAAUGAAUUAAUGAGAUAAAUUUAAGAAUUAAAAGGUUAAGUUUUGAAAGCUGAAGAAUUUAAUAAGGAUUUAGAAAGAAAUACACUUUUUGGAAAUUCUGAAUUUGAAAAAGAGAGAGCUUUAUUAGAAUAAAAGAUUACAUUUUUUGAAAAAUUAGUAAAUGAAAUGAAUACUAAAGAAAUAGAUUAUUAAAAUGAAAUAAAAAAUUUAAGAAAAGAAUAUUCUUUAUAAUCAAAAGAUUAGUAAAGUAAAGCUGAUUAAUCAGUUCGUUAAUUAUAAUAGAAAUUAAAUGAUAUGCAAGAGAAAUUAAAUGAAAUGGAAAAUGAACUAAUUGAAAAAGAAACUAAUUUUGAAAAUGAUUUUAAGAAAUUUGAACAUAAAGAAAGAAGUCUAACAAAAUAAAAUUUAGAAUUAAAUGAAUAAAUUUAAACUUUGACAAGAGAAUUAAGAGAAUAUAGAAGAAAUGAAGAAUAAGUUCAAUUAAUGUUAAAGAAUGAUGCAAAUAAUUAAGUUAAUGAGAUGAUUGAAAAAGUAUAAAAUUUAGAAGAUUUAAUUAAAUCUAAAGAUGAUUAAUUAAAAUAGACUAGAAGUUAAAGUGAAAAAGAUAAGGCUUUGAUGUAAUAAAAGAUGGAAUUCAUGGAAGUUCAAUUAGAUGAAUAUAAAAAGUAAAUAGAAGAAAAUAAGAAAUCUCAUGAAGCUAUUAUGAAAGCAUUUGAAAAUUCAAGUAAUGAAUCUACAUAUAAAAUUGAUGCAGCUAAAAUGAAUGAAUUAAGAGAAUAACAUAAAAGAGAAUUAAAGAAUAUUGAAAAUGAAUAUGAAAAUACAAAAAAGAGAUUGUAACAAUAGAUUGAUUAAUUAAAUGAAAAGAAUAAUGAAUUAGAAUUAAAGGUUAAAUUUGAAACUGGAGAUUUGAUAAAGGAAUUAGAAAAUUUAAAAGAAUAAUUAUAAACUACUGAGGAAUAAAGAAACAAAUUGUUAGAAUAGAAUAAAACAUUAGAUGGAUAAAAAUUAUAAAUAUUGAAAGAAUAGGAACUCAGAUAUUAAAAGAAAAUUAAAUAAUUAGAAUAAGCUAUUGAUGAAUCUGAUGCAAAAAUUGCAAAAGAAGUUAAUUUAGCUUAAGCUAAAGCUGAGGAAUCAUUAACUUAAUUAAAGAAUUUCUAUGAAAUUGAAAGAGAGAGACUUGAAAGAAGAAUUUGUGAAGAAAAAGAAAAAAGUGAUAAAAAGUUUUAAGCAACUUAAGAGGAAUUUUAUCAUAAACUUAGAGAGACUGAAUAAAAUUAUGAAGAAGAAAUUGAAAAUUUAAAAGAUGACUUAAGAGAUUAAGUUUAAUAAUAUACAAACACAAUAUAAUAAUAUGAUCAUGAAAUUGCUUUGAAAUAAUAAACAAUUGAAAUUUUUGAAAAACAUAUUAAAGAAACUAAAGAAUAAUUAAUUUCUCUUUAAAAUAAUAACAAUGCUACAUUAGAAUAAUAAAUGAAUUCUUUUACAACUGAAAGAAAGAGCUUAAUAUAAAAGAUUGAUGUUUUAUCUAGUUAAUUGAAUAAUUUGUAGAAGGAACAUAUGGCAUUAUAAUAGAAAAAAGAUUUAUUAGAGAAUGAAAAAGCAAGAAAAGAAUAAUAAUUUGAAUAAUCAAGAAAAGAAUGGUAAGAAGAGAAGAAAGAAUAACUUGAAAGAUUAGAAGAAACUAAAUUAAGAUUAUAAAAAAUGAAUGAUGAAUUUUUGGAAAAGAAAAUUGAAUAUGGCAGAGAAACAGCAUUAAUUUAAUAAUAAAAUGAGUUUUUGCAAAAGAAAAUUGAAGAUUUAUAAAGAUAAAUAGAUACAUAAUAAUCAAGAUUUGAUGAAAAGCUUAAAUAAUAAAAAAAUGAAUAUUUAGUUGAAUUAGAAUAAAAAUUAGAAAGAGCAUAAGAAGAGAAAACUACUAUAGAAACUAAAUAUGAAAAGAAUAAGAAAUAAUUAAAAGAAGUUGAAUAUUAAUAUAAUAAAUAAGCUUCAACAUUGGAAAGAGAAAAAGCAAUUUUGACUGAGAAAUUGGGACAUCUUGAAGCAAGAAAAAAUGAAUUAGAAUCAAAAUUAAAGGAUGAAACUGCAACAAUAGCUAUGUAAUAAGCAUAAUUGAGAGAAUAAAUUGCUUAGGAAAAGAAAUAGUUAUAAUAAGAAUUAGAAAAAUAUAAAUAAUUAAAUUUAUAAUUAGAAUAAGAUAAAAGUGAAAUUUAUACUAGUUAUGAAAGAGAUAAAGCUUUAUGGGAAGGAAAAUUCUAAUUUUUAGAAUAAUAAAAAGAAUAAGCUAAAUAAGAUUUAGUAGAUGCCUUAAAGAAAUUUGAGAUGACAUUAAUGCAUUUAUAAAGAGCUAGAUCAAAUGAAAAAGAUGAGUAAGAAAAUAAUUUAAAUGAAUUAUUACUAAGUGUAGAAAGAAAAUAUCAAGCUUAAAUUGAGGAAGCAAAUUAAACUCAUUAAAGAAUAGUUUAAGAUUAUGAAGACAAAAUAAGAAGAUUAUAAAAAGAAGUUAAAACUCAUAAAGAUAAAAUAUUGAUUGAUCAACAUGGAAAAAUUGGUAAUUAAUUAUUAUCUGAAAAAAAGUUUGCAGAGAUGUUAGACAAUGAAAAAAGAUUAUAAUAAGAAAUAGAAAAUAUUAAAUAAGAUAGAGAUUAAAAGAUUUUGGAUUAUUAGAGAAUGUUGGAAUAAGAAAGAGAAAGUCUAAAAGCUAAAAUUACAGAAUUGGAAACUAAAUACAAAGAAGUAGAGAGUAAAAGAUCUACAUUAAUCUUUGAAUUUGAAAAAGAAAGAGCAAAGUGGAAUUUAGAUAGAGAUCAUUUAAAUAAUCUUAAAAAUGAAUUAACAGAUUAAUUAGAUAGAUUAAGAAAGAAAGAAGAAUUAUUAUUGAGAGAUAAUGAAAAGUUAAAGAAUGAAUAGAGAGCAACAAGAAGAAGUGUAGCUGCUCAUAAUAUGACUAGUAAUAAUAUUAUGACAGGUAACAAAUAUAGAAAUCCAAUCAAUAAUGUUUCGAGUAUUUUUUAUAUUAAUAAUUAUAGCUAUUGGCCUCUAAAAAUUAAGUCCAACACAUUCAAAUAAUACUUCAACUUCAUCAGCUAAUAUAUCAGUACUCAAGAAAACUAAUUUAGCUGAUAUAACUAAUUUUGAAAAAGUUGUUCCUUAAACAUAGCAAUCAUUUUAAAAUAAUAAAUAUUACUUUUAUGGUAAUUAAUAAGGAUAAAAUGAUGAUUCUAUCAUCGGUCAAAGCGAUUAUUAGAAAUGA